GCUGACAGGCUGCGGAGCCCGAGCGCGGGAUCGCAUCGAUUGCGAGCGCGUAGCGAUUGCUCCUGCCUGUUGUUUGGGUAUGGCGCCUGUGAGGAAGCCGGGAGGCGGCGGGAGCGGGGAUUCAGGUCUUGCUCCGUGUUGACCCGCGACCCAGAGCCGUGCGGGCCAUGGGGGAACCCAACCCCUUGGUCAUGGGGGGCCGCGCCCCUGGCUCCAACUGGUGUCUGCGGCGAGUCGGAAUGAACGCCGAAUGGCUGUUGCUGGAGGACGGAGGCGAGGUGACUAUAGGGCGAGGAUUUGGAGUCACAUACCAGCUGGUAUCAAAAAUCUGCCCUCUGAUGAUUUCCCGAAAUCACUGUGUUUUAAAACAGAAUGCUGAGGGCCAGUGGACAAUUAUGGACAACAAGAGUCUGAAUGGUGUUUGGCUGAAUAGAGAACGCUUAGAACCUUUAAAGGUCUACUCUAUCCACAAGGGAGACCAUAUCCAGCUCGGGGUGCCUCUGGAAAACAAAGAGAACGCAGAGUAUGAGUAUGAUGUAACUGAAGAAGAUUGGGAGAGAAUAUGCCCGUGUCUUGCCCCAAAGAAUGACCAGAUGAUGGAGAAAAACAAGGGCUUAAAAACUAAAAGGAAAUUUAAUUUAGAUGAAUUAGAGUGUCCUGGUGCAGAAGACCCCUCAAACUUGAAAGUCAAAAUCAAUAAAUUGUGUUGUGAACCCAGUCCACCAGUGAAGUCACACAGGAACAGCAAAGUGACCAGUCAACCUUUUGAAUAUAUGGAUCCUAAGUUGACUUCUCUUGAACCAAGCGAGAAGACCACAGGGGCUCAUCCUUACUCUGGCUCCACAAUAGUUGUUAGCCAUUUUAGGAAUCAGAAAGCUUCAAAGCCUAUAGCAUCUCAGAACAAGAACAGCUUAGAGAUCUUUAAGGUUACCAUGUCCAGGAUUCGGAAGCUGAAAACACAGAUGCAAGAAAAGCAGGUAGCUGUUCAGAAUGUGAAAAAGCAGACCGAAAAAGGGAACUCAAAGAAAAUUGUGAAAAUGGAACAGGAGCUGCAGGACUUACAGUCUCAACUGUGUACAGAGCAGGCCCAGCAGCUGGCCAGAGUGAAGCAGCUGGAAAAAACUUUCCAGGAAGAGGAAAAACAUCUCCAGGAUUUGGAGAAAGAGCAAGGAGAAGAGGAUCUGAAACAACAGCUGGCCCAAGCCCUGCAGGAGCAUCGUGUUCUAAUGGAAGAGCUAAAUCGUAGCAAGAAGGACUUUGAAGCAAUCAUUCAAGCCAAAAACAAAGAACUGGAACAGACCAAGGAAGAAAAGGAAAAGGUACAAGCACAGAAGGAAGAAGUUCUUAGCCAUAUGAAUGACGUGCUAGAGAAUGAACUCCAGUGUAUUAUUUGCUCAGAAUACUUCAUUGAGAUGAUGCUUCUUACCAUUGUAUAUACUGAAUAUUCAGCUGUCACCUUGAACUGUGCCCACAGUUUCUGCUCCUACUGUAUCAAUGAAUGGAUGAAGCGGAAGAUAGAAUGCCCCAUUUGUAGGAAGGAUAUUAAGUCCAAAACCCACUCAUUAGUCCUGGACAACUGCAUUGAUAAAAUGGUGGGUAAUCUAAGCUCAGAAGUGAAAGAACGACGAAUUGGUCUCAUUAGGGAACGAAAAGAUCCAUUUGGUGCCAGAGCAACACAAUGGCAGCCAAGAUUAGAGGCAAAGAGACUGUCCUGAAUAACAAGAGCAUUUGAAAAGACUGCUUGGCGAUGAGAGCAAAGGACUCUAGACUGGUCUUGGACUGCUCUGGGACAGAACAUGGACUACAGCCAUGUGGGGCAGAGACCAGUGAGGGAACUCUCCACCACGACCGUUGAUGUUGGCCGGCCCUGCUGCCACCACUGUCUGAAGCACCACCAGCGCUCACCAUGGUGACCACAUCGGGUACUCAAUAGACUACAUCACUACAUGUCAGCUGGGUUCUGUUCUGCCUUUUAAUUUUGUUGUUACUGUUACUGUUUUGGUACGGUAGAAGCAUCUCUGGCAACAUUUGUUUCAGACAGGUUAGGUGUACACUUGUGGCUGCCCCUGAAACUAAGGUAGCCUCAGUCUGAGAGAAUGACAUACCUCUAUGUGAAACAAGAUGUAAUUUCUGGAAAUAAAAUGUGAAACCUAUUGGUUUCUCAGCUGGGUUUUGCUGUGUUUAUCUUUCUUCCCUUCCAGCUCCCAGAUAGUCUCACAAGCAAACACUGGCAGCUCAUAAAUUACAACCAAGAAAGUAACUGUAUCAGGAGAUAAACUCAAGUCAGUAUCAACCAAGAUCAUGGCCAUAGCAGAUGAGCUCUUUUAUGAGCUCAUAACCUCCUACUGUUGUGUUUCUUUUUCAUUCCAGAGGUGGGUCUCUGCUUAGCUAUUUUCAGGACAGGCUGAGUCCCAAAUCUGUUUAACUCAAUGUCAGAAGGCACAAACAGUGGUUUCUUGAGAGCUUGGUAUACUUUAAAAUAAUAGUAAUAAAUUAUCUCUCUUUUGGCUGCCUUUCCUUUUUUAAACAGAAAGAAAGAUAACUUGAUGUUUGAUAGCUAGAAGCUUAGAAAAACUUCUGUUGUUCAUUGUAGCCAGUAAUGGGUAUAGAUAAGUUGAAGAAUUUUAUUGAGAACUAGGGACUCUCCACAAGGAUUGGGAGACUGCAUCAUGUCAUUUAGUGAUUAGCUUCCUGACAGAAAAAUGUUUUAAUCUCCCUUUUUACUUCAUACAGGGAGCUUUCUUAUUUUGUUUUGAUCAUUUGUUCUUUGUACCCCACAUGUUUUCAUAACGGAUUGCAAAUUAUUAUGUCAAUUUUAUGAGGAUUAAACUUUUUUCCUAUGUUGAUUGUCCUGUGAAUCCUGGGAUUCUGGAGUCCCUAAUCAUCUCAUCUUUCUCAUAAGAUCACUGACUGAAAAAUGGUGUAAUCAAGGAAGAUGUAAGUUAAGCAUUAAAAACCAAAGGAACAAAACCAACUUUAGUGGUCUGGGAGGUGGUACUGUUAAUAAAGCAUUGGACUCUCAAGUAUGAAGUCCUGAGUCAAUCCCUGUCAAGACAUGUACCAGAGUGAUGUUUGCUUCUUUCUCUUUGGAUCUUUCUCAUAAAUAAAUAAAUAUUUAAAAAUAAAACUAAAAAUAUUUGUUGGACCUGAA